AUCCAGCGAGAGUCAUGGCGGCGUGGGCGAAUGGUGUCCGGGCUGUGCUGCUGGACGUUAGCGGAGUCCUGUAUGACAGCGGUGGGGCCGGUGGCGGGAGCGCGAUUCAAGGCUCUGUUGAUGCGGUAAACAGGAUAAGACACGCUGGGUUAAAGCUACGUUUCUGCACCAAUGAGUCUCAAGCAACACGGAGUCAUUUUGCCCAGAAACUAAAGAGAUUUGGCUUCAGUAUUUCUGAAGAAGAAGUGACUGCUCCAGGCCCAGCAGCAACACGUCUGAUGAAAGAGCGAGGACUGCGACCCCACCUCUUGGUGCACAAUGAUCUCCUGCCUGAAUUUGAAUCUGUUGAGAAGUCAGACCCAAACUGCGUCCUGAUUGGAGACGCUGCUGAAAACUUUUCCUACGAAAAUGUGAACCGUGCUUUCCAGGUUUUAAUUAACUUGCAGAAGCCUGUCCUCAUAUCACUGGGAAAGGGACGUUACUAUAAAGAAACAGAUGGAUUGAAGUUGGAUGUUGGGGCUUAUAUGAAAGCUCUGGAGUAUGCCUGUGACAUCAAAGCUGAAGUUGUGGGGAAACCAUCACCAAACUUUUUCCUGUCCGCUUUGGAGGAGAUGGGAGCAAAGCCAGAAGAGGCUCUCAUGAUUGGGGAUGAUAUAGUCCAUGACAUUGGAGGAGCAAAGAGCUGUGGCUUACGGGCUGUACUUGUCAGGACAGGGAAAUACAGACCCAGUGACGAAAAGCAUCCCGAAGUUACCGCUGACGGUUACGUGAAUAAUUUAGCUCAUGCUGUGGAUAUUCUCCUUGCAUCUCAAGACUGUAAUCAGUGAUGGAAAAAAACACUGAUAGAAUCAUGUGCCAAAUAGUUUUGGAGACGAAUACUAAGCCUUCUGCAUAUAACCAGAAAUAAUGAUCACCCUCCUGUACCACCAGUAAGAUGAUUAAGGGCUCUUAUACACGGCGGUUUUACCUGCGUAGGAGUAGACGCACUAAAUUAUUGUCAAGGGGCUGUACUCACACAGAUGCAUGUAUGCACUGAACGCAGGUGUAAUGCAACAUGCUGCGUCCCACCUGCGUUUGGUGCUUACAUGCGUCUUUGUGAGUACAGCCCCCUUCACAAUAAUUGAGUGCGUCUACUCCUUCCUGAAUGGAAGAAAUCGGAGUGCAGGUGAAACCGCACGUGUGUAAGAGCCCUAAAGGCAUAGGUGUCAAAGAGAGAAACAGCUAGAUUAUACUGGUGCAUAGGAAACAUAAUCAUUAUAAGCAUCAUCCUACCUCUUCCUGUUUUGAGACUUACCUAGCCAUGUAACCUAGAAUGCGACUGGUGCACAUUAACAAUCACGUUCAGAGAAGGACGCAAGUACCCAGUCAUCUGGCAAACUUACACCCUAACUGUAUACUUCGAACUGAAGAACCCAGUUGCACAUCCCGCGGUUAUUCUGCCCCUGACAGAAUUAUAAGUAGUUCACUAAAUACAAGCAGUUUCCUAUUAAUGUACAAUUUUAAAUAAAAAUCAAUUUAAUGUAAA